CGCGGCCCUUACAGCUCUGCCUCCCCGGUCCGCCGCCCGCCCGCCCCGGGAGUACGCGAGGCGCUCCGCUACCAUUUGCUGCGGACGCUGGGCGCCGAAGGCAGCGGCGGCGGCGGGGACCGACGCCGGGGACCGGGCGGCGACCCAGCGCCUGAGCGGCCGGCGGGAGUUCGAGGAGGCAGCGGGCCCGGGAGGCCGCGUCCAUGGGCCCGCGGCGGCCGGGCAGCAGCUGUGCGGGCGAGCGGCCGGGACCGCGCGCUCUGUGAGGCCCCGGGGCGCGGGGCCGGCGCCGAGGUGCCCGGGCGCGCCGUGCAGCUCAGCGCCGUCGUGCUAGGAGAGAGGCCCGGCCCGCAUCCCGGCGCUCGCGAGGCCGCCCUGACCACCGGGGGCGCGCUUCGGCCGCGGCCGGGCCUGCGUCGGCCGGCCGGCGGGGGCAUGCCGCGGCGCCCGCGCUGAGCCCGGCCUGAGCCCGCCCAAGCCGGCCGUGCAUGGUGCCGCCGCACGGCCAUCCGCCGUCCGCCAUCCGCCGCGGAGCGCGCGCCUGCCGGCGCCGGGCCUGCGCCGCCGCCGCGCGACCAUGUCGGCGGCCAAGGAGAACCCGUGCAGGAAAUUCCAGGCCAACAUCUUCAACAAGAGCAAGUGUCAGAACUGCUUCAAGCCUCGCGAGUCACAUCUGCUCAACGAUGAGGACUUGACGCAGGCAAAACCCAUUUAUGGUGGCUGGCUGCUCUUGGCUCCAGAUGGGACUGACUUUGACAACCCAGUGCAUCGGUCUCGGAAAUGGCAGCGCCGGUUCUUUGUUCUCUACGAGCAUGGCCUCUUGCGCUAUGCCCUGGAUGAAAUGCCCACAACCCUCCCUCAGGGCACCAUCAACAUGAACCAGUGCACAGAUGUGGUGGACGGGGAGGGCCGGACGGGCCAGAAGUUCUCCCUGUGCAUUCUGACCCCUGAGAAGGAGCAUUUCAUCCGAGCAGAGACCAAGGAGAUCAUUAGCGGAUGGCUGGAGAUGCUCAUGGUCUAUCCCAGGACCAACAAGCAGAACCAAAAGAAGAAGCGGAAAGUGGAGCCACCCACGGCACAGGAGCCAGGGCCAGCCAAGAUGGCUGUCACCGUGAGCAGCAGCAUCCCCAGUGCUGAGAAAGUCCCCACCACCAAGUCGACACUCUGGCAGGAAGAAAUGCGGGGCAAGGACCAGCCAGAUGGGAGCAGCCUGAGUCCCUCUCAGAGUCCCAGCCAGAACCAGCCUCCUGCUGCCAGUGCCUUGAGGGAGCUUGGGCUGGAAAGCAAAGAUGAGGAGAGCACCAUGAGCAGCGACCGCAUGGACUAUGGCCGCAAAGUCCGGGUGGAGAGCGGCUACUUCUCCCUGGAGAAGACCAAACAGGACUUGAAGGCUGAGGAGCAGCAGCUGCCCCCACCGCUCUCCCCUCCCAGCCCCAGCACCCCCAACAACAGGUACAGUGGCCCUGAACCGCCCUCCCAGGAGCUUGGUCAUCCCCUUCCUUCCCCAGGUCCUCAAGCCCCCCGCCGAAUGGUCUGCAGCAGCUACCUCAGCUCCCUGGAUGUGACCAGCCAGCCCCCCGCCCACAUGGACUCUGGCAGCUCUGGGGGGCGGGGAGCAGAGAGACUGGGGCGCACCUUUGCCUUUAAAGCCAGCAGGCAGUAUGCCACCCUGGCCGACGUCCCUAAGGCCAUCAGGAUCAGCCACCGAGAAGCCUUCCAGGCGGAGAAAAGGCGGCUGGAGCGUAGGACUCGGGCCCGCAGCCCUGGCAGGGAAGAGGUGGCCCGUCUGUUUGGCAACGAGCGGAGGAGGUCCCAGGUAAUUGAGAAAUUUGAGGCCUUGGACAUUGAGAAGGCAGAACACAUGGAGACCAACUUGUCCGCUGGGCCCUUGCCGUCAAGUGACACUCGCCAGGGCCGUAGCGAAAAGAGGGCGUUUCCCAGGAAGCGGGACCUCCCCAGCGAAGCCCCCACAGCUCCUCUGCCAGAUGCCUCGGCCUCCCCCCUGUCUCCACACCGAAGAGCCAAGUCACUGGACAGGAGGUCCACGGAGUCCUCCCUGACGCCUGACCUACUGAAUUUCAAGAAAGGCUGGCUGACCAAGCAGUACGAGGAUGGCCAGUGGAAGAAACACUGGUUUGUCCUUGCUGAUCAAAGCCUGAGAUACUACAGGGAUUCGGUGGCUGAGGAGGCAGCUGACUUGGACGGGGAAAUCGACUUGUCUGCCUGUUAUGAUGUCACAGAGCAUCCAGUCCAGAGAAACUACGGCUUUCAGAUACAUACAAAGGAGGGCAAGUACACCCUCUCUGCUAUGACGUCCGGCAUCCGGCGGAAUUGGAUCCAGACCAUCAUGAAGCAUGUCCACCCGGCCUCAGCCCCAGAUGUGACAAGCUCAUUGCCAGAGGGAAAGAACCGGAGCAGCUCCUCCUUUGAGACCUGCCCAAGGCCCAGUGAAAAGCAGGAGCCAGAGCAUGGGGAGCCAGACCAUGAGCAGAGGAGGAGCCGGGCUCGGGAGCGGAGGCGGGAGGGGCGCUCCAAGACCUUUGACUGGGCCGAGUUCCGCCCCAUACAGCAGGCCUUGGCUCAGGAGAGGGCUAGCGCCACAGCACCCACCGACACCCACCCUGAGGCAGAGCCAGGGGAGCUGGAGCGGGAGCGUGCGCGGCGACGGGAAGAACGCCGCAGGCGCAUCGGGACACUCGAUGCUGUGGACGGGCCAGGCACCGACGCAGCCCUCCGGAUGGAGGUCGACCGGAGCCCGGGGCUACCUGGAGCCACUGACCUCAAGACACAGAAUGUCCACGUGGAGAUCGAGCAGCGGUGGCAUCAGGUGGAGACCACCCCUCUCCGGGAGGAAAAGCAGGUUCCCAUUACCCCCCUGCUGCUGUCCUCCUCUGAGGUUGGAAGUGAUCAACUCUCCACUCAUGAGCUGACCUCACUGCUGGAGAAGGAGUUGGAACAGAGCCAGAAGGAGGCCUCAGAUCUUUUGGAGCAGAACCGGCUCCUGCAGGACCAGCUGAGGGUGGCUCUGGGCCGGGAACAGAGUGCCCGGGAAGGCUACGUGCUACAGACUGAAGUGGCCACCUCCCCAUCCGGUGCCUGGCAGAGGCUCCAUAGAGUCAGCCAAGAUCUCCAAAGCGAGCUGGAGGCCCAGUGCCAGCGCCAGGAGCUGAUCACGCAGCAGAUUCAGACUCUGAAGCGUAGCUAUGGGGAGGCCAAGGACGCGAUCCGGCACCACGAGGCCGAGAUCCGGAGCCUCCAGGCGAGGCUCAGCAAUGCCACCGCUGAGCUUGCCAUCAAGGAGCAGGCAUUGGCCAAGCUCAAGGGUGACCUGAAGCUGGAGAAGGACAAGGUCCAUGAGCAGCUGGAGGAGUGGCAACACAGUGAGGCCGCACUGAGUGGUCAGCUGCAGGCCAGUGAGCAGAAGCUCAAGAGCGCGGAAGCCCUGCUGCUGGAGAAGACGCAGGAGCUGCGGGACCUGGAAAUGCAGCAGGCCCUGCAGAGGGACCGGCAGAAGGAGGUGCAGAGGCUGCAAGAGCGCAUUGCUGACCUCAGCCAGCAACUCGGCACCAGUGAGCAGGCCCAGAGGCUGAUGGAGGAGAAGCUGCAGAGGAACUAUGAGCUGCUGCUGGAGAGCUGCGAGAAGGAAAAGCAGGCACUGCUGCAGAACCUGAAGGAGGUGGAGGACAAGGCCAGCGCGUAUGAGGAUCAGCUCCAGGGCCACGAGCAGCAGCUAGAGGUCCUCCAGAAGGAGAAGCUGAGCGCUAAGUUUGAGGGCAGUGCGGUAGUGCAUCAGCUGGAGGAGCAGCUGGAGAUGAAGGAGGCCAGCAUCCAGAAGCUGGCCGUGCACGUCCAGAGCCUCAGAGAUGAGCGGGACCUGAUCAGGCAGCAGUUCCAGGAGCUGACGGACCGCAUCGCUCUGUCUGACGGGGAUGCAGCCGAGCUUCGGGAGAAGCUGAGGGGGAGAGAGGCGGAAUACCAGAGCCUGGAGCGCUCCUACAGGAGGGCAGCCGGCCAGCUGCAGAGCGUGCACACCCUGCUGAGUGAGAGGGAAGGUGAGCUGAAGCACAUCAAAGCAGUGCACGAGGAAGCCCUGGGGAAGAAGGACCAGGACCUCAGUGAGGCUUUAGCUAGAAUGGUGGCCUUGGGAAGCAGCUUACAGGAAAAAGAAAUGAAGCUGCAGGCAAAGGAAGAGAUUUUAAGGAAAUUUGCAAAGGAGUCUCCUGAGGACACAGAGGAGCCGCAGAGCCCCCUGGCUGAAGCAGAGGAGGAUGGUGGUGUGCUCCUAGGCCCACAGCUCCAAGCAGCCAGUGCAUCUCCAGGCUUCCCACACUCGAGGCUUAGGGAUGAGGACCUGGGGGAGGAACAUGGUAACAGCAGCUCCAGGAGAGAAGAGAGCAUGGUGCCCCUGAGGUUGGAAGUGCCUGACAGGGAGGGGCACCUGCAAGGCACAACAAAACCUGACCAGGGAGUGCCUGGUGUUAAAAGGCAAAGAAUCCGGUUCUCCACCAUCCAGUGCCAAAAAUACACUCAUGCCGAUGGGUCCGAGAAGACCUGGACCAGCAGUACAUCCUCUGACACCAGUCAGGACCGGUCACCCUCAGAGGAAAGCAUGUCAUCAGAGGCCACCCCCAGCUCGCUGCCUGCGACCAGUGACUCUGAUACCCACCUCUCCAUAAUACAUUCUCUGGAGACCAAGCUCUACAUCACAGAGGAGAAGCUCAAAGAUGUGACGGUGAAGCUGGAGAGCCAGCAGGGCCAGAGCCAGGAGGCCCUGCUCUCGCUGCACCAGCAGUGGGCUGGCACUGAGGCGCGGCUCCGUGAGCAGCUCCGCGCCAGCCUGCUCCAGGUUGGAGCUCUGGCCUCCCAGCUGGAGCAGGAAAGACAGGCAAGGGCAAAGGUUGUCAAAAAUCACAUUGGGGAGCUUGGUGAUUUCCAGAUAAAAAACAGUCAGGCCCUGGCUUGUUUAGCAAACUGCCGAGAACAGCUACGAUCUCUGCCAGGGGCUGGCCAGGAGGAAGUACAGGACGCAGGAGCAGGCCUCCUGGCCAGUGUGGAGUGCGCACUAGUCCGCACCAGCCAUGCCCUGAGCCACUGGCCAACUCCUGCAGACAGCGGGGCCCAUGCUCAGCCAGAAGAAAGACAUUUCUUGGAGAAAGGGGAAGUGACUUCACAGCCACCAAACUGGCCCGAACUGACUGAGCAGGAGCAGCUGAAGCUCCUUUCUGAUCAAAUAGCUCUGGAAGCCUCACUGAUAAACCAAAUAGCAGACUCUUUGAAAAACACAACAUCAAAUAUCUCUCACAUUCUCCAUGAGGUUUCCCAGUCAGAAAAGUCACCACUGGAGUCUGAGAGUGCUGGAUCCCCAGCAGAUACCUGGGCCAAGAAGGUGCUGGUGGACAGUGAGUUCUGGAGCCAGGUGGAGUCCCUGAGUGAGCACCUGGGGGCCCUAGGGGGAGAAGCAGCCAGCGCACCAGGAGGUGGGCAGCAGCAUGUCCCACAAACCCUGGUCCCUGCCCUGGCAGAUGCCACAUGGGUCAGGGCCGAGCUCAGCUUUGCUGUGGAGUCAGCAAGGGAGUCCUUCCACCGCAGGUUGCAGGGCAUCCAGGAGACCCUGCAGGGGACCCAGGUGGCCCUGCAGCAGCACAAGAGUUUGCUGGGGGAAAUCCUGGGAGCCUAUCGAACCCCUGACUUUGAGAGAGUGAUGCAGCAGGUCUCAGAAGCCGUCAAGCUUCCAGCAGGCACUGAAAACAUUGUACAAGUGUCCUGGGACUUGGGCCCAUUAGAAGUACUGAGUCAUCAAGCUGUGGCCAGCUCCCAAGAGCCCUUUCACUUGUCCAGCCAGAGCUCUGGGGCCCUUGUUGCUAUUCAGGAAGAACUCGCCCUACAGCUUAAAGAUAAGGCCAGCCUCUUAGGGGAGAUAGCUGCUGCUUUAACCUCCCUUUCCCCUGUGGAAUCGGUAAGAAAUUGUCAGAAGCUUCUCCAGGCAUCCUGGAAUCUCUCCUAUAGUACUUGUUUGGGAAGCCUGGGUCAGUAUUCUUCACUGUUAGUUCAAGAUGCAAUUAUUCAAGCUCAGGUGUGUUAUGCCACCUGCAAGAUCCGCCUGGGGUAUGAAAGGGAACUCCAGCGCUGCAAGGAGUCCUGGCAGAGCAGGGAGGCCUCCUGCCAGGAGCCGGCUGUGGGAGCCUUAAGGGAGGAGUACGAGGAACUUCUCCGGAAGCAGAAGAGCGAGUACCUGGAAGUGAUUGCCAUAGUUGAAAGGGAAAAUGAAGAGCUCAAGGUCAAGGUCACCCAGCUGGACCACCAGCAGAGGUGUCUGGGAGAAGUAGAAAGCAAGCACAGUGCGAGCAUGUUUGCCCUGCAGGGCAGGUACGAGGAGCAGAUGAGGUGUGUGGUGGAGCAACUGAACAGAGCCGAGAAUACGCUGCAGGCUGAGCACAGCCGGGUCCUUGGCCAGCUGGACGCCUCACUCAAAGACAGGCACGACCUGGAGAGGCACCACGUGGAGCAGAUACAGACUCUGGAGGACAGGUUCCAGCUCAAGGUCAGAGAGCUGCAGACCAUCCAUGAGGAAGAGCUGAGGGCCUUGCAGGAGCACUACUCGCAAAGCCUGCAGUGCCUGCAGGAGACACUCCACCACUACCAGGGGCAGCACCCUGAGGUGCUGCCGACCCCCAGCCCUCCGAGCAGCCCCCACCAGCCGCCCUCCUCCAGCUGGCCUGCUGACCAGCCCAGGAAUGCUUUGCAAGCAGCCGACAGGGAGGCUGACUCCAUGAUAGGGCUGAGGGAGCGCAUCCAGGAGCUGGAGGCCCAAAUGGGCGUCAUGCGGGAGGAGCUGGAGCACAAAGACCUGCAGGGCGGCGCGGCCACGCUGCGGGAGAAGUACCAGAAAGACUUUGAGAACCUGAAGGCCACAUGUGAGCGAGGCUUUGCAGCAAUGGAAGAAACGCACCAGAAGAAGAUCGAAGACCUGCAGAGGCAGCACCAGCGGGAGCUGGAGAAGCUGCGGGAGGAGAAGGACCGCCUCCUGGCUGAGGAGACCGCGGCCACCAUCUCAGCCAUCGAAGCCAUGAAGAACGCCCACCGGGAGGAGAUGGAGCGUGAGCUGGAGAAGAGCCAGCGGUCCCAGAUCAGCAGCAGCAAUUCAGACAUUGAGGCCCUGCGGAGGCAGCACCUGGAGGAGCUGCAGUCGGUGCAGCGGGAGCUGGAGGUCCUCUCGGAGCAGUACUCACAGAAGUGCCUGGAGAAUGCCCACCUGGCCCAGGCACUGGAGGCUGAGCGGCAGGCCCUGCGGCAGUGCCAGCGGGAGAACCAGGAGCUCAACGCCCACAACCAGGAGCUAAACAACCGCCUGGCUGCGGAGAUCGCCCGGUUACGAACGCUGCUGACUGGGGACACUGGUGGGGAGGCCGCUGGCUCACCUCUCACACAGGGGAAGGAUGCCUAUGAGUUAGAGGUCUUAUUGCGGGUCAAGGAAUCGGAAAUACAGUACCUAAAGCAGGAGAUCAGCUCUCUCAAGGAUGAGCUGCAGACGGCAUUACGGGAAAAGAAGUACGCCAGUGACAAGUACAAGGACAUCUACACCGAGCUCAGCAUCGUGAGGGCCAAGGCGGACUGCGACGUCAGCAGGCUGCGGGAGCAGCUGAAGGCUGCCACAGAGGCACUGGGCGAAAAGCCCCCUGAACACACCCCUGUGACAGGAUACGAUAUAAUGAAAUCUAAAAGCAAUCCUGACUUCUUGAAGAAAGACAGAUCCUGUGUCAGCCGGCAACUCAGAAACGUCAGAUCCAAGUCCGUAAUUGAGCAGGUCUCAUGGGAUAACUGAAACGAGCCCGCUUCCAGGUCCCCUGUCAUAGUCUGAAGGAAGGCCUGACCGUACAAGAACGCUUGAAGCUCUUUGAAUCCAGGGACUUGAAGAAGGACUAGCUGUAUCCCCUUCAGCUUGAACACACACCCUGCCCGGCUUGCGCGGCACGACCCAAGCGCUGUGUUCUGUCUGUACCUUUCUUCUUAUUAUUAUUAUUGUCAUCAUUAACUGUGGGUAUGGAUGCAUGAGAGACUGGUUUAUGGGCUCACACCAUUCCCUGCUGUGUUGAUUCUGACUUCCUAUUUGUCUUUAUCCAGGCUUUCUCCCAUGGUUUCUAAAGUCAGCCAAGCAGCAGGGGCCUGGAGGGCGGCAUGCUCUGGGCGGUCUGUUCGUCCCCUCCCUGCUUUGGCCCACGCACUCACUGUCAGUAUUAAGGCCCAGCAGCCUGGCGAUAAGCUAGCUGUGUCCCUUUGAGCACCGUGCGGGGUCAGGGUUCCACAGUGCCAGCUCUGCUGUGCACCGGGUCUCCUGGAGCAGGUACAAGUCUUCAGGACGAGGUUCAACCUGGAUCACAGCACUGACAGGUCACUAGCCUGCAGAGGAGCAGGAGGAGCAGGGCAAGGGGCACGGCUCACAACCUUGACUUGCACCUUCUGGCUUGGGAGGAGGAGAGCAUUUUGUACUUGUUCCUCUAAUGCAGCUUAGAACCACACCCCAGGUAAUGGUCACAGCCUGGAAAAUGUUGAAAGCAGCCAUUCCUACUUUUGUUUGUUUUUUAUUAAAUCUUGCACAAAACCCCGGCCACUCUCAUUCCUUCCUACAAUCGCUCCUUUCUUGGUCGCUAGUAACUGACCUGUUAUAAUUAUUUGGAUCAUUGGCCUGGGGCUUCCAGGCUGUGGCUGCAGACAAUGGUGGUCCUCAUGGGGAACCCUGUAGAGAAGACAGCCUUUCUAGAAAGACUGCAUUGUUCUUGACAAGGCUGAGAGAAGACCCCUGUGUUAAGUCAGGAAGAAAGUCCAGAGGAUGUCAGAAUCAGGUGAAAGUUGCCACUGAGUGUUCUUAACUCUAAUAUCUGUAAAUUCUGAAAGGCUCUUGUGCUGCAUGGAGAGCCGAUGGCAAACCUGCCCUAGCAGCUGUGUUUUUCUAACAGUUUGAGUGAAACCGUCGUAACAGCCACAAAACAUUCUGCGGCACUAUUAUUAUAAUACUAAUAGUGAAAAAUCUCUUAAAUUGGGGUUUUUACUAUGUCCCCAUGAAAACAGUCCUGCCAAGACGAGUCUAAACAAGCCACAGCCACAUGGGAACCAGUUCAGUGCCAGCGGAGCAGGGUGAGGCAUUAGAGAAAAGUGUCUGUAGGAGCUCCUUCUGGUGCCCUGCAGCUAUUGGUCCCCUGACUUUAUUUAUCAGUCAUGUUUUUGCUCUGUGUUGAUAAGCUUGAGUUAGUUUGGUAGGCUCUGGGUUGUGAAUGCUUUGGGGGCAAAAACAUAGAAAUAAUCUUGCCUGGUUUUUACACCAAGUUAACGAACAAGGUCACCUGGGGGCAGUCCUGAGGGCAAGACAGAGGGGCCGGGAGUUGUGCUUACGCCUUACCUGCAUGCACUCCUCACUGUUGAGCCCUAACCCACGCCUGUCGCCCCCUGGCCACUACUCUUCCUUGUCUAAGGCAAGAGAAUAUCAGCUCUCUUAUUUUAAUUCUUCUCAGACACUGCCCCCAACACCCUUGCAGAGGCAGCGUUUUUAGAAGGCCCUGGUUGUGCAGUGCGCUCAGAAGGGUGGUACAUAGAAGGAACGCCCUGCGCUGUCUGCAGAGCGCCACCUGUGUGUCCUCAGUGCAGUGAUGGGACGUCCCUGGGCCUUAGUGGCCCUUGUCGCCUGGUCUGCACAGGCUGCCUGGGCACGGUUCCAUGUUGUCCCUUCACCCCAUCUAGUGCCGUUGCCUCUGUGGUCCUCCAACCCUCCCGGGGGUUUCGGGGCAGGGUCGGUGCUCGCAGUCGAGCCCCCAUCCACCUCCAGCCGAGCCGUGGGGGUGUGGUUCGCUGUGAGGAGAGCACUGUGUUCACUGCAUCACUUCCCAAGGUUAGGCCUCAGGAAUCUGGGGAACAAGUGUGUGGAGGGCAGCCCUUGGGGGUGGAAGGCCUGCUCACCUCAGACGGCAGGACUCGCCCCCCUCCCUGGGGCUGGUUCAGUAUGGGGCUGCCAGGGAUUGGACUGCAAAAAUGCCAAGCCAGCUAAGAAAUCGGGGUGCCCUGUGCUCUGCUCCUGCAGCCUCCCCAAAAUGCCAUAAGCCUACCUGGCAUGGCUGUCACCACAUAGUGACAACUACUGUCUGGCUCAGAACCAGGUCUGAGCUGCCUGCUGAGUCCCAUCUUCCAGCUGGAGUGAACAGCAGAACAAAGAGCGUCCCACCUACCUCCUCUGUGUGCAGCAUGCAGGCAUCCAAGCCCUCGGGGGGAAGUCUGGCCACUGAAUUCCAGAGAGAAGGAGCAGGUGCGGAGGGGGAGCGGGUCUCUGGGUCAGCAGAGAAGGUUCCCUCAGGGGCCGCAAAGCGGGCAGUGCUGGGUGGGACACGGUGACCGGGAGCCCAGGGCACUCGCGCCACUCCUGGGUCGGGGUGCUAACGUGGGCCCAUUUCAUGAUCACACCUAAUUUCCUGUAGACAUUUUACUACCUCAUCUGGAGCCUGCUCGCAUCUACAAGUAGGCCAUGGGAAAAUGGGGAAAAUUUGGGAAAAAUAAAUUGGACUUCGUUUGACAGUUUUUAAGAUAUGUGAAAAUUACAGUGUGUGCUGCCUGUGCGUGCCCUUGUGCACACAUGGAGCAGCACUUUCUGCUGGUCACGCUCCUUCCUGGACGUGUGGUCCAGGGCUGAGCAGGUUUGAAAGCUAACAGUCCUGGCGGCCGUGGCUGUCUGCAGCCUCCCUGGCAGAGGUGACACGGCGGGCGGAGUAUAGUGGCAGGCAGCACUCUGCCACUGAGACCUGAAGCUGUGCUUCGAGCACCACAGCAAGCCUGGGUUUGUGGGCAGACCUGAGGCUGCGUGGGCGACGCACCGCACUGGGAACAGGAGGCUUUUGUCAAGAGCUGAGAUUGGGCCUUUGUGAGUCUGGCCCGUGGAGAGGCAGAGAGCAGGAAGGCCUGGGCUGUGGGGUCUUGGGCAGGCCAGAAAUCUGCCUAGAAAGGAAUUCUGGCAGAUUAGGCCAGGAGACAAAACCAAGGGCCUAAAAACGUUUCUGUAGAGCUACUUAAUACUGUUCAUGUUGCCGCAGAGGUGGGUGGACACAGAUUUCUGGCCUGAGAAUAAGCACAAUCUACCACUGCUGCAUGGUGGCCCCAUGAACAAAAUUAUUUUUGAGAACGUCCUGAGGGGUCAGGGCAGCACGGUGCCUGCUCACCCUGCGGGGUCCGGAGACCACGUACCUACCCUGUGACCCCUUCUCACCAGCCGUGGAGUCACUGAGGCUGCUCCAGCCGGGCACAUUGUGCAGGCCCCCUGGGGCGCUCCCUGCCCGGAGGCAGCAGGCAGCAUACUUCUCAGAAAAGCUUUCUUCACUCCCGCACUUGCUGGGAUUUCCCAUGGAUAUGCGCUGCCAGGGCCUCUGGCCCCCCAGCAAUGGUGCGGCCACGCUGCCAGUGGCGUGCCCCACUCUUGGCUCAGGCACUCCUGCUUCUCGGGGACUCAAGACUGCUUUCUGUUGGAGUGAAAGGAAUGCAACCCAUCAACAUUCACUUUUCCUAAAAUGAAAAGUUUCUUCCGCAUUGCCCUAAAGAAGCUUGGAAUUUAACACUUUCCAUUAUAGACACAAUUUCAAAAAACUACUGAAUUCAGUGAUCCCUUCAUUACCAAGAAAGUGAGGAAAUUUAAGUAUUUUCAAAGUUUUGCAAAGGACAGGGAGGGGUGUAGUAUCUGCUCAAAAGGAAUGAGGAGCUGAAAGGAAACCACUUGACUCUUAGUCAGAGGCUUCUUUCUCCCCUCUGGAAAAUUCCUGUUUGGCCUCCCUCACCCUGAAGUCCCGCAGCGCUGUCACAGGGCCUUCUGCUCAGUAGGAGCUUGCUUGGUAAUGAGCAGGUUCUAACUGCUGCCGGAGCCCCACUCGGCUGAGCCAAUCGCUCUGCCUGCGGCAGUCACCCCUGCCCUUCAUGAAGGGCCUGGGAAGAGCCUGUUCCUAAGGUUCCAGAGAUGGGGGUCUUUGCACCCUGUUCUUACCUGUCUUCCAUCGUAUCUCUUUACCUGCUGUCAUUCUUGAGAGAAAGGAGCCUCUCGAUGCUGGUAACACAGUGCUUUUCAGUCCAACACGAGCCACUGGUCACUUUUCCACAAACAUCACACUUGUACGUUUGCUGGUAUACAAACUCCUCCCUCUGACCUUCCCAGGUCACCAGAUCCCUGGGGUGUGAGCUCAGACACCAGGCUUGUAGCCCCGCGGGAGGUUGUCUCACCCACUGAGGUCAGGUCAGCAGGUCAAGCCCUUCCCAGUCCUCAGCACCAAGGAGCAGGGCUGCGGGGCAUGGCGCUUCCGCCACAGGCCGCCCCGUCCGUCCACAUGCCAGUCAGGUGCAUGUCCGCUGCACCCAGGGAAGGUGUGUGUCUUCCUGUGUCAGACACUUCCGGCAAGACCAUACUUCCCACAGCUGAAAACAAGCUUAGGAUCAGCCUGAAGUGAAGCCUCGAAAAACCACUUCAGGUAGUUCUUUGACGACAUGAGUCCAGCUGGAAGGGAGCAAUAUCAGUUUCUCAAGCUUGUCUGCUAGGAAAGACUCGUUCUUUUGCCUUUUUGAGAACGAGUCCCAAGUAUUCUUGUUUCUCUGUGAGAGGAAGAGGUCUCCCUUCUCUGGAGCCUUUCAACAGAGUAGGAGCUCCGGGUGCCCCACACUGCCCGCUGAGACGGGGACCCGCCUGUGGCCCUGUUCCUCAGUGUCCUGGAGACGAGCCCCUGGCACUCAGUGUUGCUUCUGAUUUCUCUGUAUUUAAAAGCAGUUGUUUAUUUUCUUCAAAAUAACCUGUAUAUUAUUAAGAGCAAGCAGUGUAAAUAUUACUCAAGUUACUGCAGGGUUUUUUGUGACAAAGUUUUUGUGGGUUUAGAAAAAUCUUCUAUAGACAUCCUUUUUUAAGAUAAAACAGCUUUGGGUACAACACUGAACCCCACUCAGUAUUAUAAGGAAAGGUUUUUAAUGACUGAUACAUCUUUUUAAAAGCUUCGGUCAUUUCACAGGUGGCUUUAAACACUACAAUAUCUAAAACAGGUCACCUUCACUGAAAGAAUUCUGUAAUUCUUGCUCUUGCUAGAGCCACUCGGAGCCCCCGAGGGAAGUCAGGGGAGUGAAGGCACCGUCGUUGGCUUCUUGACCAGGUCCUUCCCGUAAUAAUUCACGACUUGCGGGCAGAGUCUCAGCACAGCACUUGGCAUCAGGGUCUAAAUGGGUGACCUGGGACUGUACUAGGCAGGCUCCCUGCCGACUCACUAAGCACCUGCCUCUCCUCAGCUCUUGGGUCACUAUGAAAUAGCACGGAAGCCCCAAAACCGGCAGCACUGCUAUUUAGUGUGCUCCGUCAGUUUGCUAAGGAGGCAUUCAGUCAAAAAAUAUGUGACAAUUGGAGUGUCCAGUAGUUGUCCUAAGAUGGCCCAGGAGGACAGACACUGAGUUCUCAUGCGUGGAAGACAGUGGCAGGGCCCUCCCAGGAUGCUGCGUGCGGCCUGCCACAACCCCACCCUUGCUCUCUUCCGCUUCACAACUAAUUGUAUCACAUUUCAGUUUUACUUUAUCAAAAGCUAUGAAUAGAUUAUAUAGAACACUAAAGUCAUUGCUCUGUCAUGUUUAUAUCACAAAGCUUCAAUUAAAAUGGAUUCUAGGAUUUACCUUUAGUAUUAACAACUUAUUUACUGACUGUUAGGAUUUAAAACCAGCUAAGUGAUAAUUAUUCAUGUGGUUUUCCUAAGUAAUAAUCCUAAAACACAAAGUCUCUAAGCAGCUCCCCAACAAGUAUAGUUCUUAAUGAUUUUUCUGAAGACAUGCCUUCUGUCAGAGGGAAUGUCUCAGUUCAGCUACUAAAGCAAAAUGCACCGUGCCCAACUGCCAAAGGAGCUGAGCAGCGAACAGAAUGAGGAACAGGUGGUUUUCCUGCUGUGACAAGUCUGGGAGGGAUGGGCAGCAGUCACUCCCGCCUCAGCUGCUAUCUCUGCAAGUGAGAUGGGUGUUCAAAGAGCAAGCUUGUAUAAUUGCAGCUGGAGUUUAAUUUCUUUACUAAGACUAAACGGUAGCGUUUACCAGACUACAAGGCCUUGCAGAGAAAGGGCCUUCAGAGCCCAAGUGACUCCCCAGCGCGCCUCCCACUCCAGAGAGCCCCGGGCAGAGGCAGGUCCUGGGGCAGAGCCCACCUGGGGUACACCAUCCACCAGGCUGCUGGGCCCUGGAGAAGAGAGGCUGGUCAGCUAAGCUCUCUUUUGACAGUUCAAGACUUUAUGGUUUAGUUUGAGGCUUUUUUUUAACAAGGUUUCUGAACAACUGUUUGCUACAAUUGAAAUGUUACUUUGUCAAAAUAUUUAUUCUUCUGUGUGGUGUACUAGAUUCCCAUGGAUGUAGCUGAUAAUUUCUACUUUGUAAAUAUUUCCUGACUUUCCUAAACUAUAUCAUAAUAAACUAUUUUUGCAUCGCCCUUUG